AUGACUGCCACUCAACCCGUUCCCGAGGUAGUUAGUAGUCCCGAGCCUAGAAUACGCACUUUGCCUACCGUACCGAAAACCAACGGUGUGAGCGGCGUGAACGCAGUAAACGGCGUGAACGGCGUCAACGGAGCCGCAACGAACGGCGUCAACGGUGUGAACGGAACAAACGGAGCCUCGAAAAAGGCCGAUCCGUCACCCCUAUCGAAGCAAGCGUAUCCCCGGAUCCCACCAGUUCACUACAGGAAGAUGCCUGCGGAACGAGGAAUCACCUUUGCGGGCCAGGAAACCCUGCCAAAGCUUCCCAUUCCCGAACUAGAGCAAACCUGUGACAGGUAUCUCGCCGCCUUGAAGCCUUUGCAAUCGUACCGGGAGCAUGCCGACACGAAGCACGCGGUGAGAGAGUUUCUGAAGAAUGAGGGCCCUGACUUGCAGGAGAAGCUCAAGAAGUACGCUCUUGAAAAGACGAGUUACAUUGAGCAAUUUUGGUAUGACUCGUACCUCAACUUUGACAACCCAGUGGUGUUGAACCUGAACCCCUUUUUCCUUUUGGAGGAUGAUCCCACUCCUGCGAGGAAUAACCAAAUCACCCGGGCCAGUUCUCUCGUAGUUUCCGCCCUUGAGUUCGUCCGGGCGGUCCGGAAGGAGGAGCUUCCCCCAGACACCGUCAAGGGAACGCCGCUGUGUAUGUAUCAGUUUUCGAGGCUUUUUGGUACCGCCCGUGUUCCUACCGAAGCCGGCUGCCGCAUCGAGCAGGACCCCGAGUCCAAGCACAUUAUUGUCAUGUGCCAUGGCCAAUUCUACUGGUUCGAUGUUUUGGACGAUAACUCGGAUCUCAUCAUGACCGAGAAGGAUAUUGCGGUCAACCUUCAGACUAUUAUCGACGACGCCACUCAGACUCCCAUCCAAGAGGCGGCGAAGAGCGCUCUCGGUGUCCUUAGCACGGAGAACCGAAAGACCUGGUCGGGUCUCCGCGACCUCCUUACCCGUGAGGAAGGCUCUAACAAUGCCGACUGCCUCAGCAUCGUUGAUUCGGCGCUCUUUGUUCUCUGCCUCGAUUACACCGAGCCCACCACCGCCGCGGCUCUGUGCGGGAACAUGCUUUGCGGUACUAACGAAGUCGAGAGAGGCGUGCAGAUCGGCACUUGCACGAACCGAUGGUACGAUAAGCUCCAAAUCAUCGUCUGCAAGAACGGUAGUGCUGGUAUCAACUUUGAGCACACUGGUGUCGACGGCCACACCGUCCUCCGAUUCGCCAGCGACGUCUACACGGACACCAUUUUGAGGUUUGCGCGAACCAUCAAUGGCCAAGCCCCGACCCUCUGGGCGUCGACCAGUCCCGACCCGUCGAAGCGCGAUCCCGAGAGUUUCGGCGACGUCACCACCACCCCACACAAGCUCGAGUGGGACAUGACCCCCGAGCUCAGCAUCGCCGUGCGCUUCGCGGAAACCCGCCUCGCCGACCUCAUUGGCCAAAACGAAUUUGAGUGUCUUGAUUUCUCCGCGUACGGCAAGAACUUCAUCACCUCCAUGGGGCUCUCACCGGAUGCGUUUGUGCAGAUGGCUUUCCAGGCUGCCUACUAUGGUCUCUAUGGCCGCGUGGAGUGCACCUAUGAGCCAGCCAUGACGAAGAAGUACCUCCACGGCCGAACCGAGGCCAUCCGCACGGCGUCGGACGAGUCAGUCAACUUUGUGCAGACCUUUUGGGCGGACAACGAGGCGGAAAAGAAGGUGGAGGCUCUCAAGAAGGCGUGCCAGAAGCACCUUGUCGACGACGAGGUUAUGAGCGAUGUUAGCAGCAACGGUGGCUACUCGUACUCAUCUCCCAUUGACGGCUACUCGGAGCGGGACGCCAACUCGGUUGUCGGCAGCCCCAGCAAAGACUCGCUCCUCAAUGGCGAGGUUGGUGCCAGCAUCUCCACCUCUACCCUCAUCUUUGCCGACCACGGCUGGGACAGGCUCAACACGACCAUUAUCUCGACGUCCAACUGCGGCAAUCCCGCGCUCCGCCAGUUUGGGUUCGGCCCCACUUCGGGCGAAGGGUUCGGUAUCGGCUACAUCAUCAAGGACGACAGCCUCUCCAUCUGCGUUUCGAGCAAGCAUCGUCAGACGCGCCGCUUCGUCGACACCCUCGAGAGCUACUUGCUUGAGAUGAGGCGCAUCCUACGCAUCACGACACGCAAGGCGACCACGACCAAGAGCACGAGGGCGCGAGAAAUCGAUUCGGACACGCACAGAGUCAAGACACACCACCAGCGACCCAAGCCCCGUGGCAGGAUGAUUACGGCAACCGACAUUCAGCGGUUGAGCAUCAACGGUACCAUGUCGCCUGCGAACGAGAGCAUCGCCCUCAGUGAGGAUGACGACAUUGGAGGCUAUGGUUUCUUUGAUGCCGGUAUGCUCUUGCAGGCUCUCAAGGCGCGUGGCGAGCACAUUGAUGAUGGAGAGACGAAGCCCUCGGAAAGAGCUGCCGUCCAGGCGAGACGGAGGGUCGACGUUGGCAAGAAGCUGAGGCUGAUUGACUACUAA